AUGCCUGUCUUCAUGCCCUACAUCAAGCGUAGCCCUGCUACUGCUGCGUUUGUGGGUGUCACCUGUGGCAGCAAGAGCGCUGUGCUCUGGGGCCUUGCAAAGGGCCUGCCUAACGCUCAUCUCAUGCUCCUACUAGGCGAGCAUGGCAACAUGCCAAUUGUGCUCAAUUUUGGCAGCAUCACCUGA